AUGUUCGGCGCCGGCUGCUACUUCGCCGAGGACGCCGAGAAGGUGGACCAGUACGCCCGGCCCGACGCCGGGCCCUCGGGCCCCGGCCACGCCGAGCUGGCCGAGCUGCAUGCGCGGCUCUACCGGGAGGGACGAACGCAUCCAGGCGAGGACGUCUUCUAUGCCUUCGUGGCCCGCGUGGUGUGCGGCGCGUGUUUGCACACCGAUGGGUUGGACCGGAACCGGCCGCCGCGAGAUGCCGCCAGCGGCCAAGAGAUCUUCGUGGAGAAGUACAGGAGACCAGUGAAUUCGGACAUGAAGCAGUUGGUGGAGAUUCCUGGUACCACGCCACCCGAGCGGUACCAGACCCUGGUCGUGAACGUGGCCAAAGGGCCCGUGCCCGGAGUGUCAUCGCGCAGCGUGCUCCGAAACCGCGAGUUCGUGUCCUUCAACCGAGUGGCCAUCUAUCCGGAAUACGUCCUGGCAUUCCUUCGGAAGUUGACCUGA